UUGUGCCUCGCCGGCGGCAGCACACUUCGCUCGCUGAUAAGGGACCUGGUAGGCUGUCCCAGCGAAUCGGCCCCCGGCCUUUACUGCACAGGGACGUCGGGGACCCUCUUGGCUGCUGUCGACAUUCCUAGUGUUGAGCUUCGCAUCAGCACCAUGCAGAGCCUCACCUUCAGAGGAUCGCUGAGUGUGUCCGUGAUCGUCCUCGCCGUGUUGGCCGUCUCUGCCGCCGGGCCCAGCACCCGCCCGGAGUCUAGGACGCCGUCGCCGGUGUCGGCGUCGGUGGACGAGAGCACUGGCCGCUCGCCCCGGAUAAACUGCGACCAGCUGCCGCCCAUCAUCGGCGGUCAGAACGUGGCCUGCGCCGCCCACUGCCUGACGCAGCAGGGGAAAUUGGGCGGUCACUGCAAUAGCGAAGGCGUCUGCGUCUGCCGUGGUGACUGACGACCGUCAUUCGAGACAUGGCGCAAACUGUGAGAAAAUCUGACAGAAUACAGAUCUGUGCCAAAACAAAAAUAGCUAAAAAGUUAACAUUUUGGCACAAUGUUCCAUCAAGACGUUAGAAGGUAACAAGACCGCGAGCGCCGGGCGGUACCUAAUGUAUUCCUCUUUAUUUGGCACAGACGACAAGCUGUUCCGGUUCACAGUUCACAGGGACACGGGGACCACCUAAACUGCUCCCGUAGGCGGCGCGCGACCCGACUCGGAAAAGUUUUCCGCAAUAACGGGAUUGGCAAGCGUCCUGCUGCUCGCGCAGUUUUCAUCCCCGGCUCCGUUACAACGUUUGCCUCGCCCCGCCCCUCCCCCGUACUUAUAACUACAUAACUUUAAGGGCCGAGAGCCUCCUAUUUGCACAACCUGUUACUACAGCUCGAGGGGGGCCUCGCGAAUAACUUUCCGAAAGCAGAGAAUCGAUUCAAGCGCCCCCUGCGUCCGCCUGCGAUCCAGAACCGGAACAAGGUAGUCGCUGCCAAAUGAAAAGGAAACAGGUUGGUACAAACCACCGUACCGUUAUGGGUAACCACAGUAAAACCCGAUAUAUGCAAUGUAAAGAUUAAUACCUUUGCAAAAUUAGGAUCAAAUCAGUCAAAUCGAAAAAAAAAAAAACUUGAUAAGGCAACAUUA